AUGAAAAAAAAAUAAUAAUAACCAUCAUAACCAUAAUGUUAGACACCAAAAUAAAAACAUACACUCUAACCAAUUACAUCACCCAAUUCUAACUCGAAUUCUUUUUCAUAAAUAUUUUAAUCUUAUUAUCCGCGUACUCCUGUUAAAAUUGUUAAUCAAUAAAAGUAAAUUGUUUAAAUAAACUAAUUAGAAAAGAUUAACUAGGCUAAGUUAUGGAAAAAGGUGUUACUAAAUAUUCAGUGGUUACUUAAGUAACUUUCAAUUCUACUACCUAAUUCUAAUCAGUUUCUCUUCAUGAACAUUUUGCUCAAUUUUAAGUUUAUGAUAAAAGAAACAAAAUUGCAGACACUGAAUGGAGCCUUUUAAAUUUAAAGACUUCAUCAUCACUUUCAAGUAAAACAUAGCUAUUUUAUACUUUGACUAAUGUCUUUUAAGAGUAUAAAAACAACACAAAUAAUUAUUUUAUGAUUUCAAAUGCUAUUUUUUUAGCCUUUUUUUCAUAUUCAAAUUAGAAAAUACCUUUUUGUCUCUUUAUUACAAGAUAGGAUGCUUUAAAUAAAUAACUAUAAAAAUCUUAGUUUUUAGAACAAAAAUAAAUAGAAUCUAUUGUUUUGGGAAUUGAAACUCCAUUAUCUGUACUUUUUCCAUCGAACCCAACUUAAUUUCCUACUAAAUAUACUUUAUCAUUAAUUUAAAGAAAACAUAUUUAAUAUUUAUUCAAUAUUAUACUUAAUUUAGCAAUAGAGAAAGAAAUAAUAGAUGUAGCUGCGAAUUUUUCAUUUCACAAUUCUUAUUUCAAUAGUAUAUAAACAUAUAAUGGGAUUGAUUAAAUUGAAAAAGAAACAUAAAAUUUAUUUGAGAAUAAUACAGAGUACAAAAUAUCAUUUGAAGGAUUGUUUAACAUUUAGUAAAUUAUAAAUCUUAAAAAUUAACUUUAAAAGAGUAAUCCUGACAUAGUUGUUUCUGAUAUUAAAUUAAGUCCUUUAACAACUUUAAUUAAUGAUAAAUUACUUGAAUAGAUAAAUAAUGAAUUAUAAUGA